AUGUCCAAUAACCCUGUGCUAGUGAAACAAUAUGUUCAAAAUAUUCUUCUGAAGUUGCAAAAUUUUCUUAAUAGAUGUUCAAUUCCUCAUACAACCAAUAAUAUUCUUGAACAAAACCGAUUAUUUUCUCGAGAAGGUUUGGUUUCUUGUUUAGAAGACUCUAUUGAUGAAAUUCCUAAUCAUUUAACCACCACUAGUACAAGUAUUGAUUUAGGUACCAGUGAGUUUUACAACAGUAGCACAAUUGAUACUUCUCAUAACGAAAAUCCAAAUCAAAGUGUUUCCAUCGAACAAAUUUGUUCGAUGAUUGAUGAAGAAUUAGAAAUAAUCAAUGAACAUGAAAUAAAUAAUCGAUUAGAGUCCGAGUCACGGGGUAGUUUUCUAACUAUAUCGAAACAAAUGAAUAUGCUGGGGUUCCCCACUUUGUCUCGAAGUCAACCUUGUCGUGGCUAUCAAUCAAUGAAUCAAGAUUUAUGGAAUGUGAAAGCUAGCGCUCUAUUCUUAAAUAAUGCUGCUGUUACUGCUAAGAAGAAAAAGAAAAUGAUCAAAGUUGUCAAAAGUAAAAAGACAACAAAGCAGAGAGUCCAAACAGCUUACUAG